UCUUAUUCUUUUCAAUGUUAUCUUUCCAAAAUUGCUGACAGUGAUGUUCAUACGUCAGCGUCCGGGUAGAGCAGACCGUAUUACCAGUUUAUUCCCAAGGCGUAAUGAUAUUUAAAACUGCAUUAUAUUUUAUUUAACACUUUUUAGUCAGUCACAGAAUCGUACUCGCAGAAUAUACUACAGAAUUGUAGUAGACGAAAUAAUUACAGAUUAUAAAGCAUUCAUAGUUACAGAGGAUUUAAGAAUUUAUUACAGAAUUGAACUUAAUGAUCUUAAUAUAUCUUAUGUUAUAAAAUAUAUUCUAGAAUAAAUAAUUGCAAUAUAAUAUUGAACUCUAAAUCUAAUCUUAAAAUUUAACAGACAAUAAUUAGUUUAACAGUUGAAGUGCAAACUUUACGUUAUCAAAUAAACAAUUGAGAAGUGUUUUUAGUUUUAGACAGUAAAAAGUUGUUGUGUCAGUUAUUUAAAAGAAAAUUGAACCUUUUCUUUCACAGCAUAACAAUGUGAAUACCAACUAAAAAUUAUCCAAUGGGUAAAGAGUAAAGCCAAUCGACCAAUGGUUUUAGACGCACAUGCAGAGUGGACCUUUAUUGUUGUAUUUAUGAAGAAAGACUAUAAAUUAAUUACAUAUUUACAAAAUAUAUAAACGAUUUUUAUGGAAAAUGGGAAGAUACGCAGUAGUUAGAGUUAGACUAGACGGCCGAGAUGAAGAUGAAUGGGGAGCAAUUCCUGAGUUAUGGGUUACUGUAGACAAAAAGAAAUGUUGGUGGCCAGAUAAUGACAUUCAGCGUAAAGCGGAAAAUCAAAUUAUAUUUAAUGGUUCUUCUAAGGGAUGGACUUUGCUUCCUGUUGGGGAUGUCUAUCGUACUUACUAUAAAACACUCAAUGAUGCUGUAUAUAAAGCUGAUGACCUUAAUCGUAAAGAUUUAAAGGACAAAAAACUCGACGAAAUUAAUAAAAAACUAUGUCUUGUGGAAACCAAGCUUGAUUUAAAUUAUAGCGUUUUGUUGUACAAGCAAAGGAAAAUGGAUCAGGAUUUUGAAGAAAUGAGUAAGACAUUGAACGCUCUGAAAAAUCAUGUCGAUGCCAAUAAAUCAACUUUAGGAGCUCUUUUGCCUAUUAAAGAUCCUAAAGAUCUGAUAACAUUUGAAACACUUUUCCUGACUGAGAGCUGGAUAUCUCCAGCUUUGAAAGAACUAAUUAUUAUUUUAACUGAUGAUGAAAACAUUAAUCAAAGUAUUUCUAAGAUUCUGGGAGCGGUUUUUUCAAAUCAGUUAGCAGCUCAGUGUUCCUGGGAUGGGCAGAACGGAAUUAAGAUCAAAGACUUGUCAAUUAUAAAAAAAAUUGACGUGACGUUGAAAAAUAUCAAUGCCAACUAUGAAAGAUUCGAAAGAGAUGUGACUCUUUGGUUUGAGAAGAACAGAAAAUCAGCGAUAACUCCUGAUUAAAUUAAAAUUUAUUUAUUUUUGUACUAAGAAGAUUAUUUAUUAUUUACAAGUAUGGAGCAGAACUUACAAACCUGAAAGUUGAUCUAUUCGAAAUUAUUAAGAAAAAAUUUAUAGUCAUAUUAUUUUUUUUUUCCUUUAUAAAAAAUUUUUAAUUCUGUUACCUGGGAUGCGAAUUCUUAAGAAUUGAUAUAGAAUUUUUUUUCUUAGUAUUGUAAUUUGUAUAACAAUAUCAACAUAUGUAUAAAUUAACAAAUAAUGUAUUUUUAUAACCAUAGAAUUAUUAUCAGUAUAAUAUUAUUUUGUUUACGUUUUAUUAAUUAAUGAAUAAUAAUAAAAAUACUAUUUGUAUCAAAAGUACAUAAAAAAAAUUAUAUAAUUAUUUACAUAGAAAUUAGAAACAAUUGUCAGUUGCACUCACACUCAUGUGAAUGAAGCGGAUAUGAGAUAAUUUAUAAAUUUGAAAUAAAUAAAUUGAUGAAUUAAAAUAAAUAAGUGUAAAUGUAGCAGACAUAAGACAAUU